ACACAAAUCCUUAUCUAGUUUUCUCCAAAUCUUCAAUAAUCACCAUGGUACGUUUUAGUAACAGCCUUGUAGGAAUACUCAACUUCUUCGUCUUGCUCCUCUCGGUUCCGAUUCUCUCAACAGGAAUCUGGCUUAGCCUUCACGCCUCGACGCAAUGCGAGCGAUUUCUCGACAAACCCAUGAUCGCUCUCGGUGCUUUCCUCAUGAUAGUCGCAAUCGCUGGAGUCGUUGGAUCUUGGUGCAGAGUGACGUGGCUUCUCUGGUUCUAUCUCUUUGUUAUGUUCUUCUUAAUCCUCAUCGUCCUCUGUUUCACUAUCUUUGCCUUCCUUGUUACUAGUAAAGGCUCUGGUGAAACUAUCCAAGGUAAGGCUUAUAAAGAGUAUAGGCUUGAGGCUUACUCUGAUUGGUUGCAGAAGCGUGUGAACAACGCUAAACAUUGGAACAACAUUAGAAGCUGUCUUUAUGAGAGCAAGUUCUGUUCUAACUUGGAGGUAUACGCUCGUCGUGAGCCUGUUUCUGCUUUCUACAAAGAGGAUCUCACUCCUCUUGAGUCUGGUUGCUGCAAGCCCUCUAAUGACUGUAACUUCAUCUACAUAAAUGCAACAAGUUGGACCAAAACAUCAGGAACACAAAAGAACUCAGAUUGCCAACUUUGGGACAACGAAAAGGAUAAGCUUUGCUACAAUUGCCAAGCCUGCAAGGCCGGUUUUCUCGACAACCUCAAGAGCUCAUGGAAAAGAGUUGCUAUUGUCAACAUCAUUUUCCUUGUACUCCUCAUUAUCGUCUACGCUAUGGGAUGUUGCGCCUUCCGAAACAACAAAGAAGAUAGUUAUGCCCGUUCCAGUGGUUUCAACAAUCCUUGAUUUCCCCGGUUUUUAUUCUCGUUAAUUAGGAGUAUGUUAGUCUUUGUUCAA